UAGACACUUUACGGUUACUUCAACAUCCACUAUCAAUGGCGUCUCCCGUCGGAAUCUCUCUCUCCUUCUUUUGCCUGUGGGCGUUGCUAAUCUCACCGUCUGUCUCGCUCACCUGCACGUCACAGACAUUCUCCGGUAACGCCGUGUAUCCUCACUGCCUCGACCUCCCUUACCUCAAAGCCUAUCUCCACUUCUUCUACGACGCCGGAAACUCAACCCUCGCCGUCGUGUUCUCUGCUCCGCCGUCGAAGCCUGGCGGAUGGAUCGCAUGGGCCAUCAAUCCCUCAGCGGAGGGAAUGGCCGGUUCUCAAGCCCUUGUCGCGUUCAAGGACCCCAAAUCCGGCGUAGCCGCCGUGACGACCCUGAACAUCAGCUCGUACCAGACGCUCGUUCCUGGGAAAUUGGCGUUUGACGUUUGGGACACCAAGGCGGAGGAAGGCGGCGAAGCGUUGAGGAUCUUCGCGAAGGUGAAGAUUCCGGCGGAUUUGGCGGCGAAGAGGAAGGUGAACCAGGUUUGGCAGGUGGGUCCGGGAUUGACUCCGACUGGGUUUAUCGUGAAGCACGGUUUCGACGGGCCGAACCUCAACGCGAAGGGGACUUUGGAUCUGUCCGGAGCAAACAGCGGCGCCGUCGCCGGCGGUGGAGGCGAGGGUGAUUCUAGGGUUAAGAGGAAAAACAUUCAUGGGAUUUUGAACGCAGUGAGCUGGGGAAUUCUGUUUCCAAUCGGGGCCAUAAUUGCAAGGUACAUUAGAACGUUCGAAUCUGCGGAUCCUGCGUGGUUUUACCUCCAUGUUCUGUGUCAGUUCUCGGCUUAUGCCAUCGGUGUUGCGGGUUGGGGCACCGGUCUCAAGCUCGGUAGCGAAUCCAAGGGAAUUCAGUUCACCACACACCGCAACAUCGGCAUUGCCCUCUUCUCCCUCGCUACAAUUCAGAUGUUUGCUUUGCUAUUGAGGCCGAAGAGGGACCACAAGUUCAGAUUCUACUGGAACGUCUACCACCACGGCGUCGGAUACUCGAUCCUCACCCUCGGAAUCUUCAACGUCUUCAAAGGUCUGAGUAUCUUGAACCCGCAACACGCUUACAAGACGGCUUAUAUCGUCGUGAUCGGUAGCUUGGGAGGAUUGGCAUUGAUCCUGGAAGCAGUCACAUGGAUUGUUGUUCUGAAGAGAAGAUCAGGCAAAUCCACAAAGCCUCUUGCAGCUUGAGCUUUGAAGAGAUGUCAAGAUCUUGUAACUUAACCCCUUAAAAGAUUCGUUAUCUGUGAUGGAAACGAUGUCUUUUCCGGAUCUUUUGGAUGUUUCAGAUUCAGACAGUCCAUAGAUAUGAUCUGAAUCCGAUGUUGUUGUGUUUUUUUUUGUAUUGGAUUUGUAUUAUUGCCACUGCAGGCAGCUCUGUAUGUAUAGUCUAUAGAUUAGAAACACAUGUAUCAUUGCUCUUUUCCUUUGCAGCUUUUGUAUGUUUGUCCAUUCA